AACCAUGAGCAACACUCCAAUUCCUGACGAAUACGACGACACAAGAAUCUUGGGCUACAACCCCUUGAUCCCUCCUGCAUUAUUACAACACGAAAUCAAAGCCUCAGGCAAGUCCUUGGAAGUUGUCAUUAGAGGUCGUUACGAAAGUGCCCAAAUUCUCAGUGGUGCCGACGACAGAUGUCUUGUCAUUGUUGGUCCAUGUUCUAUUCACGACACCGAUGCCGCCAUGGACUAUGCCAAGCGAUUAAAGGCCUUGUCUGAAGAAUUGAAGGGUGAUUUAUUGAUCAUCAUGAGAGCCUACUUGGAAAAGCCAAGAACUACCGUUGGUUGGAAAGGGUUGAUUAACGACCCAAAUGUCGAUAACUCUUUUGAUAUCAAUGCCGGUUUGAGAAUAUCUCGUCAAUUAUACGCUGAUUUGACCGGUAAGGCUGAAUUACCAAUUGGUUCCGAAAUGUUGGAUACCAUUUCUCCACAGUACUUUUCUGACUUGUUGAGUUUCGGUGCUAUUGGUGCUAGAACCACCGAAUCUCAAUUACAUCGUGAAUUGGCCUCAGGUUUAUCCUUCCCUAUCGGGUUCAAGAAUGGUACUGACGGUGGGUUAACUGUCGCUUUAGAUGCUGUCCAAGCUUCUUCCAAGGGACAUCACUUCAUGGGUGUCACCAAGAAUGGUAUGGCUGCCAUCACUACCACCAAGGGUAACGACAAUUGCUUUAUUAUCUUGAGAGGUGGUAAGAAGAUUACUAACUACGAUGCCGAGUCCGUCAAGGCCGCCAAGGAAGCCAUUGCCAAGUCUACCGAUCCAAAUAUCAAGUUGAUGAUUGACUGUUCCCACGAUAACUCUCAAAAGGAUUACAGAAACCAACCAAAGGUUUUGGACUCUGUCGUUGAACAAAUUACCAAUGGGGAAAAUACAAUUAUUGGUGUUAUGAUUGAAUCUCAUAUUAACGAAGGUAAGCAAGGUAUGCCUGCUCCAGGAUGUGGUAAAGAAUCAUUGAAAUACGGUGUUUCCAUCACUGACGGAUGUGUUGGUUGGGAAACUACUGUUGAUAUGUUGACCAAGUUGAGUAAAGCCGUUCAAGCUAGAAGAGCUUUAAAUAAAAAGUAAGUUAUGUAUAUAAAAAUAAAUGAUUAGUUAUUUAUCCAGAGAUUGUGAUCUAUAAGAUUUCUAAUGAGUUCGUUGGUUUGCGUACUGCCAUCUUGAAUGGCGUGAAGGAAGUCAGAGAGGCUUGGAUUACUGUAGAUAUACCCAUGGUAUCGAUUGAAUGGGUUUCUUGCGAGUUUCUUUUUGUUAAGAGAGUCGGCCAAUCCAUACCAGUCCAGUUGAAAGUGUUUGACUGCAUGCUUGUAUUCACUCUCUUCCAAGUCUUUGAAAUAUUCAAUUGUGUCCUGUUCAGAUAAUUCCGGUUUUGGAGAAUGUCCUAUAUAAUCCACCUUAUCAAGGGGAUAUUUUAGCGCUUGCUGUAAAUGAUGAGUCAUAAAACGCACUCGUUUAAAUUCAAAGCCAAUGAUGGUGAUCUUGUCAGGAUACAUCUUGAACAACUCGUAGUAUCGGCAAAUCAGGAAGAUGACAUUCUCAAAUGAAUCCCUGGCAAAUACUUCAGUGUGGAUUCGAGACAACACAGUCUCAUCCUUGCACAACUCACUAGCUAGCAAAUAAUAGGAUAGUGCUUCUGACAUAGGACCUGCCUGUUUCUUGGUUUCACCUCCGGAGAUAAUCACAUACGCGUCAGGGUCUUGUUGUAGUAUGGAUAUGCUUUGUAAAAUUUGAUCGCGGAACACGAGAUGGUCUUGACCCACAAUUUGGAAAUCUACCAAGUGCCAUUCGUUUCUUGCUAAUCCUGUAGUUGGACCACCCUUCCAGAUUGCAUGGCACGGAAGUAACACCAAGUGUUUGGACAUGAUUAUAUUACCGAUCUAAACUUUAUC